CUGAGGGAGCCGCCGCCGGCACGGCCCUGCCCCAUGGCUUCUCCGGCGGCGGCGGGGCCCGGCGCCGCGCUGCCCCCGGCCGCGGCGCACCGAGACUUCUACUGGCUGCGCUCCUUCAUCGCCGGAGGUGUUGCAGGAUGUUGUGCCAAAACAACUACUGCACCACUGGAUCGAGUAAAGAUUUUGCUGCAAGCUCAUAACCACCAUUACAAACAUCUAGGAGUAUUUUCUACGUUGUGUGCUGUCCCCAAAAAGGAAGGCUACCUUGGGCUGUAUAAAGGAAAUGGGGCAAUGAUGAUUAGAAUCUUCCCGUAUGGUGCUAUUCAGUUUAUGGCAUUUGACCAAUAUAAAAAGGUAAUAAAGAAACAACUUGGAAUUUCUGGGCAUGUGCAUCGAUUAAUGGCUGGAUCCAUGGCAGGUAUUACAGCAGUGAUUUGUACUUACCCUCUUGAUAUGGUUAGAGUUCGCCUGGCAUUCCAAGUAAAAGGGGAACACAAGUACAUGGGAAUUAUCCAUGCAUUCAAGAUGAUUUACACAAAGGAAGGUGGUUUUAGUGGGUUCUACAGAGGGCUGAUGCCGACUGUGGUGGGAAUGGCGCCAUAUGCCGGUUUUUCAUUUUUUACCUUUGGUACCUUAAAGAGCAUUGGACUUGCUCAAGCACCUAACUUGCUUGGACGGCCUUCAUUAGAUAACCCCGAUGUCUUAGUUUUGAAAACACAUGUAAAUCUGCUGUGUGGUGGCAUAGCCGGAGCAAUAGCUCAGACGAUAUCAUAUCCCCUGGAUGUAACUCGUAGGCGAAUGCAGUUAGGAGCAGUACUCCCAGACUCUGAAAAGUGCCUUACAAUGGUGCAGACACUGAAAUACGUGUAUCAACAACAUGGAAUACGGAGAGGACUAUACCGUGGCUUAUCCUUAAAUUACAUUCGUUGUAUUCCUUCCCAGGCUGUGGCUUUUACCACAUAUGAACUUAUGAAACAAUUCUUGCACCUCAACUGAUUCUUUCUUUUAGAAGACCUUUCUGUAAAACUACACUAUCAAUCCUCAAAUUAUAUUGAUGAGUAAAUUACUUGAAGUUUAAAAAAAAGCUUUCUGUUACUGUGGACCUGCUGUUGUCUGACAUCUUUAUUUGCCAAAAUGUGGUUAAUUUCCUGGAGUCAAAACCAGGUGACACAUCAAGAUAACGUUAGCUAGCUCUAAACACUUUUUAUGCACUUGAUCUUCUUGGCUUCAUUAGAUGAAUUUUAGGAACGACAGUUUUGGACAUGACACCCAUGUUUUAUACGGUUCCUAAGCCGUUAGUUAUUUAGCUUUAUCACCAUUCCAGGAGUUACAUGCUGCUGAUUAUGCUGCUUUUUAAGCUAGUAAUUAGGUAGCUCUUGCUCUUUAAAAAUUAAAUGGAAUAAACUGAUUUGAACAUAAGGCAAUGAUUUUGGUAUUCAGAUCCUUGGCAGGUCUGUAGAAGCUAAGCUUGCAGACCACACUUUAAGCAGCCUUUCAUUCUUUCUCUGUACAAGUUUUCUGUAUGCAAGAACAAUGCAUAAGUCUUCACAUUGGUACACAGGAAAGUCUCCUCAGCCAUUUAAGUUAGAACCAGCAAGAUGGAUUUAGCAGUAUUAGAAAUCUUGCAAUUUGGAAACCAGUUUCUUGGCAUACGUUCUACUCUAAGAAAUGCUGUACUACACAAAUAAAAGCAAGGGGGAAUUUUACGGGGAUGAGUGCUAGAAAAGAUGUCCUUGUGGCAGGUAGUAGGGGUUUAAUCUUAGAAAGCUUUUCUGUGGAGCUGAAUCUUCUUGAUUUAUUCUUGGUUUAUUCAAGGCUGAGUAUGUUACAUACUUUCCAGUACUAGCUGGUGUAAACAGGUUUUUCCCUACCUUAAACCAUGGUGACAAAGAAGACUGCAUGCUGCUGCAUUUACUUGUUCAGGCGUAUGGGCCAUAUCCAACCUCAUGCGGAAAAGAAAAUUAAGAUUGUAUUGGAGUCUGUAGGUGUGUGUAUGUACUGUUUCUGAAGUAUGGUAUGCAAUAGACUAUUGCAUGUUUGCCUCCUCCUACAAUUCCUUUUCUGGAAGGAAUUAUUUUAUACAUGAUUUGCAUUGGUACUCUUGAUUUUUACUCAUGUGAUUCAGGAAACUGUAAAGCAUUUACUUCAUGUAAGUUAUUUAUUUAUUGUAAAUAUUUUAGCAGUGUCUUCUGAGAAUUGGCAAUGGUUAUGCUAAGUGGUGGAUGGUAAGAAUGAUCUGCUUAAUUUUGACAAAUUUAACAAACUGGAUUUUCAGCUAUAUAUUCAAUAUCAACUUCUGUGGCUCAAUUUUUCCCCCCAGUUUCAUAAAAUUAUGUAUUUCUUUGAAAUUUACAAUGUAGCUAUGGACAGAGAAUGAGAUGCAUCUGGGUAUAUUUUAUUAAAAUUUUUGAGAUAAUGUCUGUGUGAUUGGUAUAUGUUGCAACCAGAAGGAAUACAUGUUUCUGGAAUUAUCUGUAUGUUUGCUGUUAUAGGUAAAUAUGCACAACAUUGUUAUUCUUACUUAAGAGACAAGAAAUAUGCUUUUUCAUCUGAUCUUUAGUUUCACAUAAAGGAAAGCUAACCAAUAUCACAGUGAAUUUUUUCAUUUUAAAGCUCUUGCAGUAGCGAUAAAUCCACUGUAUUAGGAAAACUAAAGUGCCUUUCUUUUCUCUGUGUUGUUUUGCUGUGUGGGCAAAAAAAGCAUCUUUUCAGAUGCCAGUUUUUUCAUGUGGAUACUGUUAGGGAUGAUUAAGAGUUUUACAUUUUAGUUCUACUGCAAGGGAUAUAUUUGAGGAGUGUCAUGAUAAGUUAAACAGUUGUUAUGCAGAAUAAAGUAGAACCCAGCAUGUUCAUGUUUGAGAGGAAAAGAACUAAAAAGUAUCUCCUAAAUACUUGAGGUAUUGAAUGUGAAAAACAUUCCUACUUGAUGGAACUGUGCUGUAUUUUCAGAAUUAGUUUUUCUAAAUAAAAUUUAACACUGUA